GUUGCUACAGAAUAUCAUUUAUUUCGAUACACCCCAACGGCGCAUCAUCGCCAACGACGGCGAGGCAUCUACAUCAUCUGCUGCUAACCAGACGUCCGAUGCCCGCACGACGUUUCCGCAAGAACAACAACAAAUCUACGAUCCACUGGAAGCCCUCCUUAGACCCAUUAUUGGGCUUUUUCCUCCUUCUCCGCCCCCAUCUGUUGAUAUCAGCAACGUGUCCGAGAAGAUCAACAACCGCGACACCACCGCCGGUGUUGCCGGUAGUAAUAACAACCCAGAAGAAUGUUGUUUCUUUCUGCCACCUACACAUCCUCCUCCAACCCCCGUUGUUGCAAGAAUCCAUGAGUCUGUCUCGAACGAUCGGUCGGCGGAAGCGGUGAACAACAACAACACAGUCGAAAGUAAUAACAACCAACAAGAUCCGCCCCGCGGCGGGGAUGCGAUCGGCCUUUCAACCAUUCAACAAAUAUUAUACGAGCUAAGUCGAUGUUCCCUGUGCGACUGUAUGUUCAACGAUACUUUGAUAUGCAAUAUAAAGUACACAAUUGGUUUCAAUCAACCCAUUCAGCUCACGUGCGGAUGCGUCGUGUGUACGAAAUGUUACAACCUCGCCAAUAAUCAAAAUCGGGUAACGUGUAAAUCUCACAAGGUCAAGAUGAAAACAGGAAUAGUCAACAGCAACGCCAAUCUUCUCGCGCACUGGCAACACGCGCACACAGACCAUGAGUGGAACAUGGUACUCAGCGGAGCCGGGGGUGUCUCAAAUGCUCAAGUGCAAGCCAUGUUGGAUCAACCUCAGGUCAACGAGUCCGUGUUGUGCGAAGUGUUUGACAUUCUACUGAACAACAAAGACCGCGUGUCCUUCAGAUGGUUGAACAAUGCUCCGCUACAAACCACAGAAGCGCACAGAUACGUGGCAAUUCCCCACACGCGAAACUUUUGGAACCACAUCGCCACCGGCUCAAAGAAACCCACAAAUGUGACCGACAUGCUGGAGCCAGACCUGUGCCUGUGUAAACUGUUUAACGUUACGAUGGACAAAUAUACUUUUCACUGGGCGUGUUUUGUAUUUGAAACUCAGGUGAUCUUGAUCAUGUGGUGCCAAGACAACGAAACUAACACUCAGCUGACGCUGACCGAAAUUAUUCCAACGGCUCUCGAUACUCAGGACUUUAGAUUGAUGGUAUAUUUCCUGAUCAAGUGGGUGGAACUAACUUACGGGAAAGGCUCCGCAACCGUUGUUUUGGACACAGCUCCGUGCGAAAUGUUACCUUCCCUUCCGGAUGUUGUGACGUGGAUCGCGGCAAAGUGUCACAUGAAUACGCCGCUGCGCGGCGACGAGGUGACCAACGGAGGGAUAGUGAACCGACUACACGGCAACGGCGGGCGCGGUCACAUCAACAGUUUGUUGGCCGAUGAGUUCCUCCUGUACCCUCGAAUGUCGGAACACAACAGCGGAGGAGUUAUUGAUAUCAUGCAAAUGUUCAACGGCGCACACGGAUCGGACGGCGAUUACGGAGACGCGAGCAUGCAGACGAUGACGAGCAGAUACGGUAUUAUGUCAUAA